GGUCUUUAUUCUUUUCUUAAUUACUUCAUGCAACAUGUUCCCCAGCUAUAUAUAUGAACCUCUUCACCCUGAUUAAUUAAUUUAUAGGUGUAGCUUUUCCGAUUGAGGACUUUCAUCGAUCUAUCACGUACAGUUAGUUAAUUAUAAUGGCGUGCCAGAAUGGAGUGGUGUUUGAAGAUUUCUUCCCAGCGAUGGUGGACAAGUUGGGAGCGGAAGGAUUCAUGAAGGAGCUCAGCAACGGCUUUCGGCUUUUGAUGGACAGAGAGCGAGGCGUGAUCACGUUUCAGAGCUUGAAGAAGAACUCCGGCUUGUUGGGGUUGCAAGGUAUGAGCGACGAUGAGGUGAGGAGUAUGAUCAACGAAGGUGAUUUGAAUGGUGAUGGGUGCUUGAAUGAGAUGGAGUUUUGUACACUCAUGUUUAGGUUGAGCCCUGCUAUGAUGGAAAAUUCUGUGGAGUUGUUAGAGGAAGCUUUUGCUGAUUAUCAUGAUCAUAUACAGUGAUUGAUUUCUUCUUAUGUGGAAAUUUCUUUGUUCGAUUGUGUUGUAUGUCAUCCGAUCUUUUUGUUUCCAUCAUCGUCCGAGUUUGUAAUUUCAGCUA